AUGUAUUAAGAUAAUUAAGAUGAAGAUGAUAAAUUAAAAAAUGAUAUUGAAAAAUUUCGAAAUCUCCUUGAUGAGGAAGUUGAAGGAAAUCAUCGAUCUGAAUAUUUGAGUAAAUGCAAAUAGAUGUCAGAAAAUAUAAAAAAAGAAAUACAAAAACGUAUAAAAAAGGGCGAUGAGAACUAGAUCAUGAAAUUAAUGAAAUAUUAUUCAUAACAAAAUAAGAGAUUACAAGAAAUGGAAUAUAAUAAUGUAGAUGAAGACACUAGUUUGUUGCAUGAUAAUCAUUAAGUGGAAGUAUAAUUGUUUGAAGAUAAUGUGACAUAAAGAAAAUAGAGAUUGUAAAAUGUUCAUAAAAGUAUGGAAACAGUUAAAAGUAUAUAUGAGAAAAUCCAUGAGGUUGCAACCUAAUAAGUUGAUCAAAUGUUUACAAUCGAAGAUAAUUAUACUUAUGCAGAAAAUAAAACAUAAAAAGCUUCAUAAGAAUUGGUUAAAGCUUAAUAGUCUUAAAAAACAAAAAUAGGAUAUAGGAUUGUAAUAAUAUGCAUUUUAAUUGUAAUUGUUGGAUUAAUGUUUAUUAAAUGA